AUGUCGUUUCUAUCGAUAUUAAGCCUAUGCUUGUCCGAUUGGAUUUCUAUUCUAUCAGCAUUAUUGGUUAUUUACGUAUCUCAUUUUUACUACAAAUAUUUUACGCGCCCUAAUCCAUUACCCGGUCCUAUACCAAUUCCUAUAUUUGGAACCCUCCAUAUAAUUGGAAUAAAUCCUCGUGUAUGGUACAUCAAAAAUAUUGAAAAGGCGGGUUCAGUCUGGGAAUUUUAUAUUGGUCACGAACGAAACAUAGUUGUCAAUAAUAUUAAUUAUGCUGAGAAACUUUGCAAACCAUCUAAAAGAAUUUUUAAACGACUUCCUUUUCCUGCUUUUGAAAGAAUAGGUCUUAAUCAUGGAAUAUUUUUUAAUAAUGAGUACAAUUCAUGGCAUAAAAGGCGAAGAUUAGUAAUCCGUGCUUUGUCCGCUCCGAAAUUUCUACGAGGAUUAGUCAUUUCUGUUCAAAACACAUUCAAAGAAUCUGAGAAUAUAUGGGAAAAAUCAAAUUUAAAUGGUGGAAUAGAAUUUGAUUUUAGUAAAUGGAUAAGGUGCUUCUUAACUGAUAUUUCAACUCUUCAGACCACAAAACAACGUUCUUAUUCUGUUGCUACAUUAAACCCAAAUAAUGAUUUAGUUCAAUCUGAAGAUAUCAAAAAUGCUUUAAAAUUUAGUGCUGCUGCUAAAAAAUUUUCUGAUUCUCUUGGAUUUUUUGCGUUCGUUCCUCCAUUUAUGCAGGAUUAUGUACCAGGUUUCACUCAUUAUAGAAAAAGUUGCGAACGCAAUAUUAUGUUUUUAAAUGGUAUCGUGGAUAAUAUCAUUAAUAAAAGAAGAAAAGAACUUGAUGAAGGUGCUGAGUUAGAUUCUGAUUUGUUAGAUCAUUUGUUGAUUGCUCAUACUUUAAAGGAUCCUGAUUCUGACAAUGUUGAGAACGUAGCUUCAAUAUCUGCUAAAGAAGUUAGUGUUCUUACGUGGGACAUUCUCUUGGCUGGUACUGAUACGACUGGUAAUGCUUUCAGUUUUCUAAUAUAUUUCGUUGCAAAACAUCCAAACGUUCUUGCUAAAAUUCAUCAAGAGAUCGAUAAAGUUUUGGGUCCUGAUCCAACCGUUGAAUUCACUUUUGAAAAUAUUGAUAAUUGUCAUUAUAUUGAAGCAAUGGUUAAAGAAUCAUUGCGUUACAUUUUAAUGGUUCCAUACACUGUAAAACUUUCCGAAGAAUGUGAAAAUAUUGCCGGUUAUGAUUGGCCAAUUGGAACUAAAUUCUGGAUUGAUCAUCAUAGUCUUUGUCAUAAUCCUGAUAUUUGGGAUGAUCCCGAAACUUUUAAUCCUGAUAGAUUUUUAAGUAAAAAUCAUGAUGGUUCGUCUGAAAUUUCGGAUUCACAAAAAAUCACUUUUGCUCCGUUUGGUUGUGGUCUCAGAGGUUGUGCUGGAAAAUUUGUUGCUUUGACUUUGUUGAAAACUAUGACUGUUAUGCUUUUUAGAAAGUAUAACAUAGAAUUAGUUAAAAAAGACGAAAUGAUAAAAUAUCGUUAUACUGCAUUGAAUAAGGUUUAUGAUUUGAAUAUUAGAAUUAGCUUAAGAGAUGCUUCCUCAUCUUCUUAA